UGUGAGUGUGCAAGGCAUCAGUAAUCGAUUGCAGAAAUCCGCAUCUCUGUUAAAGCGCGUAAAUCUGACUGGGAAUCGCGUUACCGGUGUUUAUAUUUGAAUAAUAAUUAGCGUGGCGUAUUAUAAAGCAAGGAUCACGCCGCAGUUUUGUGCGUAAACCAGUGUGUCGUCGUCGCACGUGCUCGGCGUUUGAUUAUGAAUGCCUGGUUCCGUGCUCCGUCCUCGCCAUGGCGCCGUUGUCCCUGCUCGCUCGGUUACUGAAAGUGGCCGCCUCUCUGCUGCUGCCGAGUCCACCGCCUCAGUCUCUCUCCUUGUUCACAAGCGCCAUUUUGGAGACAGAGCGGCGCUGUGAGUCGGCAGCAGCGGAGACGGAGCGAAAACAGUGGGGACACGGGGCGACGAGUGAGAGCCCUGCUGGGUCCGGGACCGGUUCUGUCUCCUUAUGGCCUCAGAGCAGGAUGGCGUUGGAGCCUCUACCUGCCUCAAGUUGGCCAAACCGCUGCACCUGCAGCACCUGGAGCGCUCGCUCCGCCUCGACGCCUUCCUCCGCCACUCCUCCGCCAUCUUCAACCGAGACAUAUCCAGUGAUGACAGCGAUGACGGUCUGGGUGAAGGCCCGUCUCUGGCCCCUUCGAACCCUCACGCCCCGGUGCUGGUGGUGAAGGAGGAGGCGUCUGACUCUGAGGAGGGUGUGAGGAGCUCAGGAGGAAGAGCAGGAGGAAGAGGAGGAGCGGAGUGCGGUACUCUGAAUGGAGCUCUGCUUCAGGAGCACAAAGCGGACAAGGCCAGUCUGUACAACUUCACCAAGCUGAGGAAGAGCAGGAAAUGGCUGAAGGGUGUGUUGCUAAGCGACGACACCACGGAUUCAGACACGGAUUCGGAUGAUUCGGAUUUUUCGCUGACCCGGGAGGAGCUCCAUGACAUGCUGAGGCUGCACAAGUUUACCCGCACGCACCAGAGCAAGUUCCGGGCCGACCGCGAGCUGCAGCAGUAUCAGUACUACAGCGCCGGUCUCCUCUCCACCCAGGACCCGUUCUACGAGCAGCAGCGCCACACGCUGGGGCCCAAGAAGAAGAAGAUUAAAGAGGAGAAGAAAUUUAAAGCCAAAUUAAAGAAGAUGAAAAAGAAGAAGAAACGAGGCGAGGAGUUCUCCAGCGAGGGACGGCCCUACGUCAGCAAAAUAUUCGCCAAGUUCUCCCAUGAUGCACCUCUGCCCAUGACCAAGAAGAAGCACUUAACCGUCGAGCAGCUAAACGCACGCAGGAGAAAAGUCUGGCUUACUAUCGCCAAAAAGGAAAACCCCAAAGCUUUUAAGCAGAAAGCCUCUGCGAAGAACUUCGUGUUAACCAAUGCCAAAAAGCUGGCCCACCAGUGUAUGCGUGAGGUGCGUCGAGCCGCGAUCCAGGCGCAGAAGAACUGUAAGGAGACGCUUCCUCGAGCUCGACGCCUCACCAAGGAGAUGCUGCUGUACUGGAAGAAGUACGAGAAGGUGGAGAAAGAACAUCGCAAGCGCGCUGAGAAAGAGGCUCUAGAGCAGCGCAAACUGGACGAGGAGAUGAGAGAGGCUAAGCGGCAGCAGAGGAAGCUGAACUUCCUGAUCACGCAGACGGAGCUGUACGCUCACUUCAUGGGCGGGAAGCACAAAGGCGCGGGCGGAGACAGCGCUCAGGACGAGAUCCUCAGGAAGCUGGACGAGAGCGCCGCCCAGAGGCAGAUCAGCAUCGGCGGGGGGGUGAUGGUCAACAUGGGCCACGAGGAGUACGACAGUGAAUACUACAAAUCUCAGGCCCUGAGGAACGCCAAAGAAGCCUACCAGAUCCACCAAGCCAGAACGAGGCAGUUUGACGAGGAAUCGAAGGACAGCCGCAGUGCCUCUCUGCACGUGGCGGGUGGGUGUGGCUCCGGGUUCGGGGAGAGCUACAGCCUGUCUAAUCCCUCCAUCCAGGCUGGAGAAGACAUUCCCCAACCCACCAUCUUCAACGGCAAGCUCAAAGCCUACCAGCUCAAGGGCAUGAACUGGCUCGCUAACCUUUACGAACAGGGCAUCAAUGGCAUCCUGGCAGAUGAGAUGGGUCUGGGUAAGACGGUCCAGAGCAUCGCCCUGCUGGCCCACCUGGCCGAGAGAGACAACAUUUGGGGUCCCUUCUUGAUCAUCUCUCCGGCCUCCACGCUCAACAACUGGCACCAGGAGUUCACCCGUUUCGUGCCCAAAUUCAAGGUGUUGCCGUACUGGGGGAACCCUCACGACCGUAAAGUGAUCAGGAAGUUCUGGAGCCAGAAAACGCUGUACACGCAGAAUGCGCCCUUCCACGUGGUGAUCACCAGUUACCAGCUGGUGGUGCAGGACGUGAAGUAUUUCCAGCGGGUCAAGUGGCAGUACAUGGUUCUGGACGAGGCGCAGGCUCUGAAGAGCAGCACCAGCGUGCGCUGGAAGAUCCUGCUUCAGUUCCAGUGCCGAAACCGACUGCUGCUCACAGGAACACCCAUCCAGAACACCAUGGCCGAGUUGUGGGCUCUGCUGCACUUCAUCAUGCCGACUCUGUUCGACUCCCACGAGGAGUUCAACGAGUGGUUCUCCAAAGACAUAGAAAGCCACGCCGAGAACAAAUCCGCCAUCGACGAGAACCAGCUCUCCAGACUGCACAUGAUCCUGAAGCCCUUCAUGCUGCGCAGGAUAAAGAAGGAUGUAGAGAACGAGCUCUCAGACAAGAUCGAGAUCUUGACGUCGUGCCAGCUGACGAGCAGACAGAGGCUCCUGUACCAGGCUCUGAAGAACAAGAUCUCCAUCGAGGACCUGCUGCAGUCGUCCAUGGGCACGGCACAGCAAGCGCACAGCACCACCAGCAGCCUCAUGAACCUCGUCAUGCAGUUCCGAAAGGUGUGUAAUCACCCGGACCUGUUUGAGAGACAGGAGACGCGUUCCCCAUUCCACAUGUCCCUAAAACCCUUCAUCAUGUCCAAGUUCCUGUUCCGCCACGGCGUCCUUCAUACCUGCACCCCGGGAAGGAGCAAACUGCUGCAGGUUUUAUUCUCACCGUUCUCCCCUCACCACAUCCACCACUCCUUAUUUCACACCACAAGAGAUGAAGGCAGCUGCUUCUCGUUUCUGCGCUUCAUUGACGUCUCUCCAGCAGAGAUGUCCAACGCCAUGCUGCAGGGAACUCUGGCCAGAUGGCUCGCGCUUUACCUCUCCUUUAAAGCUGCUCACCGGCUCCAUCACCGGCGGCUGUGGAGCGCAGACGAGGAGGAGGAGGAUGGUGGUGGUGGGAGGAAGGCUGGGAGCAGCGCGAGCUCUGGAUCAUGUUAUCUCUCUAACAGAGAUCUCAUCCUGUGGCCAGACAGAACCACGUCGUUCCCCAACACGCACAACAGCACCGUCCUACAGGAUCUGGUUUUCACUUCUCUCCGUCCGUGGACUUUCACACACACAGAUGUAGUGAUACACAGCAGACGCUCCAACACCUCCACCCUCAGACGCUGCCAACCCACCCAGCCACCCAAGUUCCUGCUCACCGUUACACCCAGGGUGACAGCGGUUCCCGUAGAGCGUUACUGUGCCGACCGCAGCGCCGAGUACGAGUGGCGGCAGGUCCGUGACGGCGGCAGUUUGACCGCCAAGCAGUGCUUCCUGUUCGGCUCACCUGAGCUGGCGCGCACCUGGGCCGCCCGCGCUCACUACUUCCACCCUCAGAGCCCGGGGGGGUUGAUGGCCCUGCAGCCCCGACACGGCUGGUCCUUCAUCAGGAUACCGGACAAGGAGAGCCUGAUCACGGACAGCGGGAAGCUCCACACUCUGGACCUGCUGCUGACUCAGCUGAAGUCUCAGGGCCAUCGCGUCCUCAUUUACUCCCAGAUGACCCGCAUGAUCGACCUGCUGGAGGAGUACAUGGUGUACCGAAAACACACAUACAUGCGACUGGACGGUUCGUCCAAGAUCUCGGAGCGUCGUGACAUGGUGGCGGACUUCCAGAGCCGGACGGAUAUAUUUGUGUUUCUCCUCAGCACUAGAGCAGGGGGUCUGGGGAUAAAUCUGACCGCUGCAGACACGGUGAUUUUCUACGACAGUGACUGGAACCCCACGGUGGAUCAGCAGGCCAUGGACCGAGCUCACAGACUGGGCCAGACCAAGCAGGUCACAGUUUACCGCCUCAUAUGUAAAGGCACGAUAGAGGAGCGAAUCCUACAGCGGGCCAAGGAGAAGAGCGAGAUUCAGAGGAUGGUGAUUUCAGGAGGGAAUUUCAAACCCGACACCCUGAAGCCUAAAGAGGUGGUCAGUCUGCUGCUGGACGACGAGGAGCUGGAGAAAAAACUGCGUUUAAGGCAGGAGGAGAAGAGGCAGCUGGAGGAGAGCAGCAAGGUGAAGGACCGUAAGAGGAAGAGAGAAAAAUACGCCGAGAAGAGGAAAAAGGAGGAGGACGCAGAGACGAAGAAGAAGAAAGAAGGCGUGAACUUGGUGAUCCCGUACGCCCCCUCGGCGGACAACUCCAACCUGUCGGCGGACGGAGAGGACUCGUUCAUCAGCGUGGACAUGGAGUCGGCCAUGCCCAGCCCCUUCAGCGAGAUCUCUCUGAGCAGCGAGCUGCAGCCGGGCUCUCUGCCAGCCGAUGAGAGCAGCAGCGACAUGCUGGUGAUCGUGGAUGAACCGCUGCCCACCAACUCGCCCGCCUCAGGCACCGGCUCUGUCUCGGACAACAUGAACGGUGUCUCUUCUCUAGACGUGUCGAGUCCAGGCAGAGGCAGAGCCGCUCGGAGCCGAGGGCGACCCAAAGGCUCGGGAACCGGCGGGAAGUGCGCGAGCAGGAAGGGUCGAGGGAGGAAGUCGACGGCCGGCAGUGCAGCAGCGAUGGCUGGAGCGAUGGCAGGGGCAGCGGCCGCUUCGGCUGCAGCGUAUGCGGCGUACGGCUACAGCGUGUCUAAAGGUAUUGCUGCUGCCGCUUCUGGCUCCUUGCAGCCGGCGAUUGCGCGAUCUUCGGCCUCGGCAGCGUUCAUCCCCGUGAGCACGACCUCCCCCCAGGCUAAGGGCUCGUCUCUGGGCUCGGGCGCUCAGCUCCUUCCACACGGCAGCUCGCACGUCCUUCACGCUCCCUCCAAGAGAGGCAAAGCUCCAAGCGGCCAUGCUGGCGGACGGUAGCAGUAGCACCGUGUGGAGGUUAUCGUUCUAGUUCGGCCAGUAAUUUUAGUCUUGGGCUGUGAGGUUUUCCAUGGUUUAUGAUGUCUACCUAUGCGGAAAAAAAUCAUUUCACCAGGCCUGUAGUCACUGUGAAGUAGGAUCAUUUGGGUUUUUCGGCUAAAAUGCAAAUCUGAUUGUCGAUUAAUAUGAACGAGAUACCGAUAGCGCGACUGUAAUUCCACGCAUCGCUCCUAGUUUUG